AGGAGGAGGAGCCUCAGUGGAGGAAGUAGCUCUCACAGCCUGGAUGUGUGUGUAUGUGUGUAGAGCAGAGUUACCUCCACAGUGAGAGUGUCGCUAACCACUGGAUUGUUACAACGACAAGCAAAGAAGUCAUCCUCGAGGGGGGGGACUGGCUCUGGAGGACUAGUCCUAGUGUAUUCAUUCACCCUCCUCUCGGUACAGGUUGAAGCGGUGCAAGCUGGUCCAGCAGCAGCUCGCAGCGUCACCAUUACCAUGCAUUCAGACUGCAGGCUGCUAUGGGCAGAGCGGUAAUGGUGGUGGGCAGGAGACCGACAGGGGCCGCUCAGGGGGUUCUCGUCCUGUCGAUGAUUCUCCUCCUCCUCCUCACCAGGGAGCAGGGCUGCCGAGCGCAGAAAGGUGAUGGCUGUGGCCCCAGUGUACUUGGCCCCAGCAGUGGGACUCUGUCCUCUCUGGGUUACCCGCGGAUAUACCCGAACAACACGGUGUGCGAGUGGGAGAUCAGCGUGCCCCGCGGCAACAGGGUCCACUUCCGCUUCGCCGAGCUGGACAUAGAGGACAGCGACUGCCAGGUCAACUACCUCUGCCUCUACAACGGAAUUGGACCCGAGAGGAGUAAGAUGAGAGGAGCAAAGUACUGCGGUUUGGGUCUGAAGGUCAAAGAGCUGAUCAGUUCCACUGGCAACCAGGUCACUGUCCAGUUCAUGAGUGGGAACCACCACACCGGACGUGGAUUCUACCUGUCCUACUCCACCACCGAACACACGGAUCUAAUCACCUGCCUGGACAAAGGGACUGAUUUCCCCGAGGCCGAGUUCAGUAAAUACUGUCCGGCGGGCUGCUUGACGUCUACUGAGGAGAUUUCUGGAACUAUACCUAACGGAUACAGAGAGUCCUCUCCUGUGUGUGUGGCAGCCGUCCAUGCAGGUGUGGUGUCCAACGCCGUGGGAGGGAGGAUCAGCGUGGUCAGCAGCAAAGGCAUCCCUCACUACGAGGCCUCACUGGCUAACAAUGUCACUUCCACUGGAGGAACUUUGUCCAACAGCCUCUUUACCUUCAGGACCAACGGCUGCUACGGAACGCUCGGUUUAGAGUCUGGUGGCGUUGCGGACACUCAGCUGUCUGCUUCGUCUGUGUGGGAGUGGAACAUCGGUCAGCACAGCGUGUGGGCGCCAUCGGGGGCACGGCUUAAAAAGGCGGGGCUGCCCUGGGCAUCGCUUCAGAGCGACCAGCAGCAGUGGCUGCAGAUCGAUCUCAAGAAGGAGAAGAGGAUCACAGGUAUCGCCACCACCGGCUCCACCCUAAGAGAAUAUCAGUACUAUGUUUCAGCAUACCGGGUCCUGCACAGUAACGACAGCAAGCAUUGGUCCAUCUACAGGGAAGCAAAUUCUACACAAGACAAGAUUUUCCAAGGCAACACCAACUACCUGCAUGAGGUGAGGAAUAACUUCAUUCCCCCAAUCGAGGCCCGGUUUGUGAGGAUAAAUCCGACCCUAUGGCACCAGAGAAUCGCGCUCAAAUUGGAGCUGCUCGGCUGCCAAAUACCUGCAGCGUGGCCGAAAGCAGUGCCGAGGACGAGGAUGUUAAACCCCUCUCGUCAUACUCCACCUCCUGCGGGUACAAAACGGCCACCUCACCUUGGCGAAUCCACACACACCCCAGACAUCAGAAACACCACUAUGCCUCCUCACACUGGCAAAGAUGUGGCACUGGCAGCAGUUCUAGUGCCCGUGUUGGUCAUGGUUCUGACUGCUCUCAUCUUGAUUGUGGUUUGUGCGUGGCACUGGAGGAACAGGAAAAAGAGCUCUGAAGGAACAUAUGAUCUCCCUCACUGGGACCGCACAGACUGGUGGAAAAACAUGAAGCAGCUGUUGCCCUCCAAGAUGGUGGAAACCGAGGACUCAGUUCGGUACAGCAGCAGUGAGGUGGGCCGGCUAACGGGAAGAGGGGCCGUACCCAGACUACAUGCUGAACCUGCAGAAUACGCUCAGCCCCUGGUGAGUGGCGUUACAACGUUAGGUGCCCGGUCAACCUUCAAACCGGACGAGGGGCCCGACCCAGGAUACUCAGAUCCGGACCUGUACGACGCUCCCAUCUCACCAGACGUGUACCACGCCUACGCAGAACCCUUGCCAGCCUCGGGAUCUGAAUACGCCACACCCAUUGUGGUCGACAUGGGUUGCCACCCAUCGGGGGGCUCCUCUUUGAACCAGCCCUCCUCCACAGUGUGUGGUUUCAUGGGUGCCGGGCCGGCCUCCCUGCUCACACGGACAGACAGCAGCCAAUCGGGGAGGUCGGCUUACGACACGCCCAAGAACGCCACUGGACAGGUCACGCCCACCGAGGAUCUGACCUAUCAGGUACCUCAGAGUAGCACUCAGAAGCCAACGGGAAAGAGCUGAAGAGUCUGGAUGCACAUGGCCUUAAUCUCACUGCCCAACACAACCCCGACGGACAAAGACAGAGGGUUGUAAACGGAGGCGGAGGAGGUGUGAACCUUGAGCCCUGGAGCCCGGGCUCGAGUCUUGAAUGAACACUACCUUAGCUUUAGAUUCAUCUGGAGAUGUCUGUAUUGCCUAAAUGUUUCUGCAUGGCCACAAUCUGCUUGUGUAGUGCCAUUACAGUCCUAUCACUGAAACCAUGAAAGAUGAAUGUGUUUGUGCCAGGUGUGAGAGGCGGAGAUGGGAGGGAUGGCGGACGGAGGGAGGGAGGAGGAAAAAGGAGAACGCUGACUACUAUUUGAUAAAGACUUUGUCCCUGUUCUGUGAUCCUUAGUAGUUCUUGCAUUCUGUGAAACUGUGAUUUCCAUUAUUCUUCUGUUACAUACUGAACCAACUGAAAUGUACCUGAUGAUUUUUUUACAUUCAUCAAAUCUAAAAAAGGGUUCUCUUACUGAAUUAACUGCAUGUUGCGUUAAAGUACCCCACAAUCCAAAAGAAUUCCUCCUUUCUAGAGAAACUCUAGUUUUUCCACGGUACGUCUUUGUCUUACUUUGUUUAAAAAGCAUGACUUGAAAUUGUGUAUAGUUCUAGUAAUCCCAUUACUGCAAACCUUUUUUAAAACUCUCAGAUGAUUUUACUGAUAUUUAUUUUUUAUUUCACAUCCUGCUGAUGAGGAAAAACUCUGAUAAAAAAAAACAGCCCACCACUACCCUCACUGAUUACACGUCAAAUGAAUUGUGGUUGCGCUGUUGUGAAACACCUAAACUGACAAUAAUAAUUAAGAGAUGUUGUAUGUUAACUUGAAAAAAGGCUGAUCGGGAAGAUCAAUCCAAUGAACUUCAUAAAAGAGAAGACGCUUUUUGUAAUAUCGGAGACCAAAUGUUGCCUUUUUCUGCGUUUAUGCAAUGUUAAUUCUCAACAGAACCAACUUUCACAACUGUGCCAACAGCGCAAGUUUAGCCAAAUACACAUUAAAGCAGUCUUAAUGUAGGAUACAAACUGUUUUUAAAGGCCUAGAUAGUUGAUGUCCUAGAAAAAAAAAAAGGUACAGACACAAGAGGUAGAUGGGUUAAUCUGUUACAGCUGAUCAUUUCAUAGAGUUUCCUGUGUGUUUGUCCUGAACCUUUAGAGUUUAUUUGUGCAUCGUGGUGAUUGUCUCGUGUUGAAAUGGGUGUUUGAGUGUUUCCUUCCUUGUAUCUUAUAUGUGCAUCAUCAUCUGUAUGUGUGUGGUAAGCUGUUUCAGUAUUUCAGUCCUGUGUGUUUUUUUUGGACUGGUUUGUGAAGCGGCUUAGAGUUGUAUUCUAGGAUGUGUUUCAGUCGUUUGUCUGUAGCACCAGUUAGACUGCAUUCCUCUCCUGUCCCACCUGUGGUACUAAUCUGACCAAACGCUCUGUGAAAGGAGUGCAGAUGGAGAAAAAUGGAACAAGCUGCUUUAUAACUUUACAGAAUAGCAACCUCGCCUGUAGGGGGGUGGAGGGAGGGAGGUGUUAUGCACACAGCUGUGCCACCAAUCAUGCUUUGAUUGUGCUCAAUAACCAAGGCGAGCUCCAUCCAGAGUUUUUGGUGCUCCCCUGGUCACAGAGGGAUUGUGUUGAUGUGGCUCUCACUGAUUGUAUAUAGAGAAAUAAAGAGUUUUUAAAAGAAAA